AUGAGGUAGGAAUGUAGACGUGUACACAUUUCGGACCAGACUCUGUGGUGAACGAGAGUUAGCGACGCAAAACCCUUCCACGAUAAACAAAUCUCAUUCAAUGCACACUCUCCGACCCUCCACCCACCGCCGGAAAAUUCCUUAUAAAUCCCAUUUUCUUGAUCCAUCCUUGUAAAUCUGCAUCCGGAGCCGACAAAUUAUACUGAAAAUUGAGAGAGUUUUGUGAUUGAAAGAAGGGAACGAAGAAAAAUUGAUAGGUAUAAUGUGGGUGAAUGAUCGGAAUGACAAUAACCCAAUUGUGGUUAUUAACAAACUCAAGUUCACGUACCCAGGGAUCGACGGCCACCCGCCUCCUGGUUCAGUUCCUCUCAUUGAAGAUUUCUCUCUCACUCUCAAUUCCGGUGAUCGUUGCCUUCUUGUCGGAUCUAAUGGCGCAGGGAAAACGACAAUACUGAAGAUACUGGGAGGGAAGCACAUGGUGGAUCCCGACAUGGUUCGGGUUCUUGGGAGAUCCGCUUUCCAUGACACCUCUUUGAUUUCUUCCGGUGACCUCGCUUAUCUUGGUGGAGAGUGGAGAAGGGAAGUUGCUUUUGCUGGCUUUGAUGUUGCGAUACAAAUGGAUAUAUCUGCUGAGAAAAUGUUAUUUGGCGUGUCAGGUAUCGAUCCAGAGAGAAGAGCUCAGCUAAUUAAGGUUUUAGAUAUUGAUCUGUCAUGGAGGAUGCACAAGGUAUCUGACGGUCAGCGAAGAAGAGUGCAAAUAUGCAUGGGCCUCCUAAAGGAAUUCAAGGUUCUUCUUCUUGAUGAAAUUACUGUUGACCUAGAUGUGCUUGCCAGGGCUGAUCUUUUGACAUUCCUAAGGAAGGAAUGUGAAGAGCAUGGUGCCACAAUCAUAUAUGCCACACAUAUAUUUGAUGGUCUCGAGAAUUGGCCUUCGCAUAUUGUGUAUGUUGCUCACGGGAAGUUGCAAUUAGCAUCUACUAUGGAAGAGGUCAAAAACAUGAGCAAUCUGUCUCUAAUGAGAACAGUAGAGCAAUGGCUGAGGAAAGAACGAGACGAGGAGAGGAAGAGAAGGAAAGAGAGAAAAGCAAAUGGACUUCCAGAAUUCGAUAGGCGUAUUGAUGGGAGUCGGGUAAUCGGCGGGGAUCCGGUUCGUGUGGUGAACAACGGAUGGGCUGCUGGAAGGCUGAAUUCCACCGUCGCCGGUGAAAAGAACUUCAUGUAUAGUUCAAACAGAGUUAUGAGGCAAUAGUCAAAUGGAAUCCCAAUAUGUGGUUAGUAGUACAAAAUGGAUCCAAAGCAUGGGACAUUGAAUCACCUUAAAUGUUAUUUUUAUGAAGUUUUUAUUUGCAGUUAUAUUUCCUAAUUAAUUAAGGUGUGUGCAAUUUGUGGGAAAUAGAAAUCUUUGAUAUUGAUGUUGUUCCUAUUGAAUACUCUGUUUGAUUCUAUAUGUAGGUAGUUGAUUCCUAUUUAUGGAGUGGAUAUAUGUAUCUAUGUAUUUAUAUAGGGGUAAAUGUAAUAU